GAUAUGGCCCAAAAAACAUCGGUAGGGGGCGAAAUAUUCACACUGUAGGAAAGGCGUCAAGAAACAAGAGAAGAAGAAGAGCAGCUAACAGUUUGAGCGCCAGUGUUGUGUUUGUGCUCUUAAUCAUUUUUCUGAUUAAUGUUUUUGUUUGUUAUCUCUCUGAGAAGCUGCUUCUUCAAACAAGCUGAUUCAGAUUCUCUUCUAUGAUAACGUCAAUAUUGGGAGAAGCUCCGCCCACAACUGGUGACGAUCUGACUUAUUAUCAUACACACAGCCCUGAAUGAAAAGCACAGAGUCCAUCAUUGUUGUAUUUUUGCUAUACCAGCUGGAGUCUUACAAUGUAUUUGCCAAAGAGGAAUUUCAUGUGUUUUGUUUUGGGAUGUACCAAUGAACACCAGAGGCUUUAUAGACUCCCACAAUCUAAAUCACUGAAGACAUUGUGGUUAGAUUUCAUUUUUGAUGGAAAUGUCCCGAAGAGAGUACCUAGAACGUUAUAUGUUUGUGCCAAUCAUUUUACGCCCGACUGCUUCAAAAACGAUGGUCAGGUCAACGCUGGUUUUUCAACCAGCUUGAUUCUGAAAAAUGAGUCAAUACCAACGCUUCGUUCUCAAACCUUCAAAUCAGAACAAGAUGCGCCUGGUGUCUCUGACUGUGGCAUCACUGAUCAAACAUCUACAGAGCUUCUGGUUUCUGUCUGUAAUGGUGAAGAAGAGAAGAUAUCAGUAAAUCUGCUGGACUGUGGGAUGGAGCUGAAACAAGAAAUCACGGAAGAAGAACAACAGAUUGAUAAAGGGAAUUUGAUUUAUUCAGACCUGAAUGUGAAGUUGGAAAGUUUUCAAUCAAAUGACAUUGAGGAGAAACCUCAUCAUAUCAUACCUGGAGAAGAAUCUCUGAGCUGCUUGAAAACUGAGAUUUUGUCAGACGAUUCUUGUACGUGCUCUCUGUGUGGAAAUGUCUUCAAUAGUCAGUCCGACCUUAAUGCACACAUGCAAAUUCACACCGGAGAAAACCCUAACAGAUGUGAUGAAUGUGGAAAAAGCUUUACUCAAAAGUCAAGCCUUACUGUGCACAAGAGAAUUCACACCGGAGAAAACCCUAACAGAUGUGAUGAAUCUGGAAAAAGCUUUACUCAAAAGUCAAGCCUUACUGUGCACAAGAGAAUUCACACCGGAGAAAACCCUAACAGAUGUGAUGAAUGUGGAAAAAGCUUUACUCAAAAGUCAAGCCUUACUGUGCACAAGAGAAAACACACUGGAGAAAAGCCUUACAGUUGUGACCAGUGUGGACAGACCUUCACUCGUAAAUCUGGUCUUGAUACACACAUGCAAAUUCACACAGGAUUUAAGCCUUACAGAUGUUACCAGUGUGAACAGACCUUCACUUGUAAGGCCAGCCUUACUGUGCACAAGAGAAUUCACACUGGAGAAAAGCCUUACAGAUGUGACCAGUGUGGAAAAAGCUUCACUUUUAAGUCCAGCUUUAUUGUGCACAAAAUAAUUCAUGCUGGAGAAAAACCCUACAGAUGUGAACAGUGUAAAAAGAGCUUUACUCAAAUGUCCAGCCUUGCUAUGCACAGGAGAAUUCACACAGGAGAAAAGCCUUACAGUUGUGACCAGUGUGAACGGACCUUUACUUGUAAGUCCAGCCUUAAUUUGCACAUGAGAAUUCACACUGAAGAAAAGCCUUAAGUGCAAAGGUUUAUGCCAUAGCUUAGCUCUGGGUAGCCUGACAAGCACCUCGCCAAAAUUUAACAAUGCGUCUGUUCUAUGCAGACUGCAAGCGCUGUGAAUGGUCCACUAGAACCAUGUGAUUGGGGACAGGUGGGGCUCAGGAACAGGUGCGGCUCGGAACCCAUUCCUACUUGCAAAGUGGGGAAUGGCAGAAAAAGUUUGAGAAACACGGUUACACAGACUAUCGCAACAUGCCAAUAUAAGAUUCUCAAAUCUCCACCUUCUAGCAGAGUUUAGCUUCAGCCCAGAUAAAACUCAUCUGAACAAGUUCAUCUUGAGGAAUAGGUGUGUUUGAUUAAUAUAAUUGAUAAUAUAUAGAUAUUCAGGGUUUCAGGGCUUCUUAAAACUAAUUAUUCAAUAUAAUAAAACUGCAUAAAGUCUUAAUACUUGAGUUUGAUCAGGGUUAGAGCUUAACUCUGCAGGAAAGUGGAUUUCGUGGACCUCAGACCUACAUAUUGUUUUUGUCAAACAAAGAAGUGUUUAGGGGAACGAUAGUGUUUGUGACUGGCAUGCUGUCAUUGUUGUAGUGGGAGCAGUGUUUUUGAAUAUUUAUAAUGUUAGUUUUAUCAUCUGUCUGACAACUACAUGAGCUUGGUUUUCUAACAUGUACCUGUGAUUUCUUGAUAUUCAUGUCCUCUAAAGUCUUAACAGUUUACCUUUUCGAAAGAAAAAAAAAAAGUGAUUUAAUAAAAUAUAUAUACUUUGUAUAAUUAUUUGUUACAUGUAUGUAUAGUAUGCUUUGAGGACUUGGAAAUGGUGUUUUAAAGGUUUUUGGCCAUUAGAUGCCAUGAAGAUUGGAUGUAAAAUAUAUUAAUAUUAAUAUGAAUAACUUCGCCAAAAGCCGAACAACCAAACGUUUUAAUUUUCCCAAUAAUUUUGCCAAUGUUUGCACUAUUACAUAAAUUAUAUUUUCAAAAUGUGCCAUUUAGUAGCCUAUAUUUAUCAAUAAACAUUUUAAAAGGGGUCAUAUGAUAGGAUUUCAUGUUUUCCUUUGUCUUUAGUGUAAAAACUGCUUGUGCAUAAAGAAGAUCGGUAAAGUGUAAAGAAACACAUUUUGAGACAUUUACACCUGAUACUAAGAUGUGUUUUGGUUGAUCGAAUACCAAGUGUUUCAUGCUAAAUGUAAACAGGGUGUGAAACAUUUUGAGCUCAAUCACAUUCAGAGGUAGUCGAAACCACUUUCGAUCGGAUUGCUCUUGUAGUGUAAACGCACAUGUGGUUGAAUGUGUUCGAACACCCAAACAUGACCGAAAAACGAAAGCUCUUACAUAUACAUGUACAAAACUCUGUGCAGCAUGUUUACCUCCUAUAUAAGCAGAGGAUUCCUACAAAAUAUUAGUUUGCGUCCGUAUAAACUCAUCAUUACUCCCGCUCUCGUUUAAAUGACAGUGGAGAAACUCGCCCAACUCUCGACAGACCAUCCCAUCAAAUCAGUACAGAAGCUGUCGAAGGUGGACAAAAGAGACUGAUUUAAAUACCAGGUGUAAACGUGAUGUGUCUCCCUCGUCCACUUUUGAUCGGAUCGAUGAAAACACAUUUUAAAGUGUAAACAGCCCCAAAAACACAUUCGACCAGAUUGCAUUUGUGGUGCAAACGCUUAUGUGGUUGAAUGAGUUUGUAACAGCCACAAAAUGACGACCUACUCUCUCUAUUGUUCUAAUGUGAUGUAUCGAGCACAAUAUUUUUUAUCGAUCCAGGAUGUGCAAAAUUGGUCUGUAACAAUUUUUUAAAACGUGUGCUGUACCAUAUUCACUGCAGCAAUUAAGGCAAAUUGAUCUGUGAUUUGUAAAAUAUGAAAUUUGUGUA